AUCUUACCUUCAACCAUGUCUGGUCGCGGAAAGCAAGGAGGCAAAGCCCGUGCCAAAGCCAAGUCGCGCUCGUCCCGCGCUGGCCUGCAGUUCCCAGUGGGCCGGGUGCACCGCCUGCUGCGCAAGGGCAACUACGCCGAGCGGGUCGGGGCCGGCGCGCCGGUGUACAUGGCGGCGGUGCUGGAGUACCUGACGGCGGAAAUCCUGGAGCUGGCGGGGAACGCGGCCCGAGACAACAAGAAGACGCGCAUCAUCCCCCGCCACCUCCAGCUGGCCAUCCGCAACGACGAGGAGCUGAACAAGCUGUUGGGCAAAGUCACCAUCGCUCAGGGCGGCGUUCUGCCCAACAUCCAGGCCGUUCUCUUACCAAAGAAAACUGAAAGCCACAAAGCCAAAAGUAAAUAAAACCCUGAUAAGCCAAAGACUAAAGGC